CUCGCCGAUGCCACUGCCCCAUGGGUGCCUCAAUGGCAGGAUCAUGAAGUGUUUGACUUUUUUUCUUCUGCUUCCAGAGACCUUAAAGAAGUCCAAAAAGAGCGUCAGGUCAAACGGCAAGGCGCCAGGAUGCUCUGAGGCAGUACCCCUGGCCCUGAAGAAGAAGAUGGCCGCAGAACUUUACCCUGCCAACACCAAUAUCGCCAACAGCAACGCCGCCGCCGCCGGCAGCAAGAAGCCCGCGCUGCAGCUGCAGCAGAGCGCGCAGCCGCCCCCGCCGCCCCAGCUCCAGAACCUCAACAACAACAACUUGGAGAGCGCCAGCUGGCAGUCGUGCCACCCCACGCUGCGCGAGAGGAACGCGCUGAUGUUCAAUAACGAGCUCAUGGCUGACGUCCACUUCAUCGUGGGCCCGCCGGGGGCAUCCAAGAAAGUUCCUGCCCAUAAGUACGUGCUGGCAGUGGGCAGCUCCGUCUUCUACGCUAUGUUUUAUGGCGAUCUCGCCGAGGUCAAAUCCGAAAUCCAUAUCCCAGAUGUGGAACCCGCAGCCUUUCUAAUCCUAUUAAAAUACAUGUACAGCGAUGAGAUAGACCUGGAAGCCGACACGGUGCUGGCGACGCUCUACGCUGCCAAGAAGUACAUCGUGCCGGCCCUGGCGAAGGCGUGCGUCAACUUUCUGGAGACGAGCUUGGAGGCGAAGAACGCCUGCGUCCUGCUGUCCCAGAGCCGGCUCUUCGAGGAGCCAGAGCUGACGCAGCGCUGCUGGGAGGUGAUCGAUGCUCAGGCCGAGAUGGCGCUCAAGUCGGAAGGGUUCUGUGAGAUCGACCUGCAGACGCUGGAGAUCAUCGUGACGCGGGAGGCCCUCAACACCAAGGAGGUGGUGGUGUUCGAGGCCGUUCUCAACUGGGCAGAGGCAGAGUGCAAGAGGCAGGGGCUGCCGGUGACACCGCGCAACAAGAGGAACGUGUUGGGGAAAGCGCUGUACUUGGUGCGGAUCCCCACGAUGACUUUGGAAGAGUUCGCCAACGGGGCGGCCCAGUCUGACAUCCUCACGCUGGAGGAGACGCACAACAUAUUCCUGUGGUACACGGCUGCCAACAAACCCAAACUCGAGUUUCCGCUGACAAAAAGGAAAGGACUGGUGCCGCAGCGCUGCCAUCGCUUUCAGUCGUCCGCGUACCGCAGUAACCAGUGGAGGUACCGGGGGCGGUGCGACAGCAUUCAGUUUGCUGUAGACAAACGGAUAUUUAUAGCGGGACUGGGAUUGUAUGGGUCGAGUUGUGGCAAAGCUGAAUACAGCGUCAAAAUUGAACUGAAGCGCUUAGGAGUUGUCCUUGCUCAGAAUCUGACAAAGUUUACCUCCGACGGCUCCAGUAAUACUUUCUCGGUGUGGUUUGAGCACCCGGUGCAGGUCGAGCAGGACACGUUUUACAAUGUAAGUGCCAUUCUGGACGGCAAUGAGCUCAGUUACUUCGGGCAGGAGGGAAUGACUGAAGUGCAGUGCGGGAAAGUGACCUUCCAGUUCCAGUGCUCCUCGGACAGCACCAACGGGACUGGGGUACAAGGAGGACAAAUCCCUGAGCUCAUUUUCUAUGCAUGAUGCAUUUCACCUUGAUUGUAUUCCAGUACUGCAACGCUGCACAUUAAGGGAUUCUUCAGUUUUACUACAGAACUGUACAGCAGUAUGGAAUGUUACGCUAUUUACCUAUCUGCUACAUCAGGCUAUACCCAAUAAGUGAAGGAAUGCUCUUGAAUUUAAUCUUAUUUUAUUUAUUCAUAAGCUAUUUGACUUAAUUAAGACUGCAGUGAGCAGAAAAAUGUUAAAUUUUGCACAUACAGUGCAUUUAUUUUGUAUAUAGAUAACUAACUUGCAGACUGCAGCUGACUCAAAACAGAAUGUUCUAAACUAGAGCAGUUUAUGAAUCGGUGAAAUAUAAAACAUUUCUACUUGCCCUAAAUCCUGUGUACUGCCCCUUACUGAUGUUAUGGCUUGUCUGUUAAUUCAGCUACAGUGUAGUUAAUGGGUGGUAACACCACUGGCUGCCUGUCCUCUGCAAGGUGUGAGCAGCACCGCACAUAGAAAGGCUCCCCCACCUGCAGAGCCCAUCCAUCAGGCAGCCCUCACUGUCCUUCACCAAGAAGGACAGGAGGAAGGAAGCUCAGAGGUUAGCUGUGGGUCACCUAAGCUGAACAGAAAAAAACCUGAGCAUAACCAGCACUGAUGAAAUCUUGUGUCUGUUUGCAUUUUGCUUUUGGCAUCAUGUGUGUUAACCUCCACCCUGCCCAGCAAACAGCAGCAAUAACACCUGCACUGUCAGAAUGCACCAGACUUGAGCAGCCAGUGUCAGGGCAGACAGAUACAGCUUGUGACUGCACAAGGCUUUAACACUGACAGCCACUGCUUAAAUGUACAUCACAUCUCAGCUUUAGGAGCAGACAGAUUUACUGUAUGGUCACUCAAAAUUACUGAGGGAAGCCACCAUAAGGAAAAGCUGUCAGGCCUUUUUUCUCCCUGUGUAGUUUUGGGGCUAUCAGUCAUUUUUAUAGCUAGCAUGCUUCUGAUUUCUCAGAGACUAAGACAGGUGUAUUCCUCAAGCAUCUGACCACCAUUACAGUUGAAUCAAUGGGAAGUUCUUACUGUUCUUCAUAAAAACAUUGUAGUCAUAGAAUGAUCCAAUUUACCAUUUUUUAGCACAUAUAACAGGUACCUCUACCUUCAAGUUCUGUUUGUUUUUUACCUGAGCUGCAUUAUUUUUUUUACCUUGAAACUAAACUGUAAUAAAA